CGGAUGUGGGUAUGUGUCCUGGUCGCUGCACUAGUGCCUCCUCUGGUUGGUCAGGGCGCCUGUUCAGGGGGGAGGGGGAAUGGGGGAGGGGGUAGCGUGAUCCUCCCACACGUUACCUCUCCCUGGUGAAACUCUUCACUGUCAGGUGAAAAGAACCGGCUGGUGACUCCACAUGUAUCGGAGGAGGCAUGUGGUAGUCUGCAGCCCUCCCCGGAUCAGCAGAGAGGGUGGAGCAGAGACCGGACAGCUCAGAAGAGUGGGACAAUUGGCCAAGGACAAUUGGGCGGGAGAGUUUUAAAGAUGUCGUCUCAUGUUAAAGAUGGCCCAAUAAACAAAUUAUUCAGUACUCGUACAACUUGCUCUACAGUACAAGUAUGACGUGUUAAAUGUACUCAAGCAGUCGGUUUCUCAAGGGUGUGGUCUGCCAGAGCAAACAAGCGUCAGUACCUCAGUCAUUUGAAUGCUAGGGCAGCACAGCGCUUCCCCAUGUGAAGGCCUGCUGCUUGUCGACUACUUGGGGAUCAGAACUUCGCAGUAGUCGUCUAAGGAAAGUUGAGCAGUCUACACGGUGGAGGGUUUUUCUUCAUCUCAGAACACAGGAGUCUGAACUAGUUAUUUCUGAGCUAUUUGUUCAAGUGCUUAGUAUUUGGUUUUAGUCUGCUAUUGUGUGUCAUAGGUACAGUUUGUUGACAUUAUUUGCUCGUGAGCAAAUUUAAACACUCCAGUAACACAAAUUUACAGACUUUUGGAUAAAGAUAUCCACAUAGCCCAAGCCCAACACUGAUGGUCAGCCCCUGCGGUGCACUCCAAUGGACAGAAGAACCACAACUCGGACAGUGAAGAGGAAAAAGCAUGUCUUGAAGGAGAAACUUGACCCAAGGACAUGGGUGAGACCUGAGAUGGUAGAGGGUUUCACUGACUUCAUAUUCAGCCAUCUGGCAGACAAAGAGACAGACAACACCUUCGACAACACAGAGAUGUUGCUGGAGACAGAGAAGCAGUAUAUUGAAGCAGCUAAGAAGAAUGAUGUGGAGACCAUGAAGAUUCUCGCAAAAGGGGUCAACGCCAAUGCAAAAAAUGUGGACAACAGGACUGCCCUUCACUAUGCGGUGGCAGGCCAAAACAAGGAAGCGGUUGAGUUUCUUCUCCUGCGCAGGGUCAAAGUGGAUCAAAAGGACAAGCAUGGUGUGGCGCCCGUUCACUUGGCCGCCUGGUUUGGCAAUUUGAACAUCUUGAAACUUUUAAUACAGGCUGGAGCUGAGCAGAAGAUAGAAAAUGAGGACGGGUUGAACAUCAUGCACUGUGCUGCUGUCAACAACCAUACUGACGUUGUGGAGUACAUUGUUGAUGACCUACAGAUGAAGGAGCUAGACAAGGAGGACAAGUUAGGAAACAGGAUGUUUGCGCUGGCUGCAGAGCAUGGCUGUGCCGAGGUGCUUGAAAAGCUAACCUCUUACAACAUGGCCACCAUGGAGCCCAACAAGAGUGGGAACACACCCCUGCACUUAGCUGCCAAACACGGCCACUUGGAUGCUGUCCAACUGCUGCUGCAGAGCUUUGAUACCCGGGAUGAAGUCAAUAUGGCUGGGGAAACGGCAUUGUACCAGGCGGCAGACAAUGCACAUGAGGACUGUGUUCUUGCACUGCUGGAGGCUGGUUGUGACCCCAAUAUCCUCACCAUGACCAAAUGCAGUGUUCUCCAUCCGGCCUCAGAUAGAGGUGACACAUCACUGGUUAAGCUGCUCCUAGACCACCAAGCCCACACUGACUUUCAGAAUCAGCAUCAAGAGGCUCCUCUUCACCUGGCAGUGAAGAAGGGUCACAUCCCUGUCAUCUACACUCUCCUGGCGGCUGGCUGCAACAUCAAUGUCGUGGACGAGAGAUCUCAGACCGCUAUGCACCUUGCAGCAGAGCUGGCGAGAGUGGACAUUGUGGAAAUGCUUCUCAAAGCCGAGCUGGACCUGACGCUCCAGGAUAGGCAGGGUAAGACAGCUCUGGCUGUGGCAGCAAGAGCAGAUGAGGUGGUCAUUGUGGACAUGAUCAUAAAAGCAGAAAGAUACUACGCAUGGAAGAAGGCCAACACCGAGCUUAAUGAGACUCUUCACUGCCAAUAUCCAAUGACAUUUAAAUUGGACCAUCGCUUGGAAACCAAACGGGUCCGUUCUGAUGCCUGGCGCCUGGCGUACCAACUCCUGAAACCAGGGGCCUGGAAAAAACUGGCGGAGUACUGGAACUUCACUAAAGAACAAGUGGCAGCCAUUGAGGAGCAGUGGACAGGCCAGCAGAGCUACCUGGAGCAUGGGAACAGGAUGCUGCUGAUCUGGCUCCAUGGGGUAGAGCUGGCUCAGAGGAACCUGGCUAAAGAGCUCUACCAGAGCCUCAUCACCACAGGAAACAGGAAGGCUGCAGAUAAGCUUUGGAUGGAGGCAGAAAGCAGCAGUAAGAAGAGCUGCAGGAUUUCAUGAAAACUGACAACGCAUGGAUGCAAACACAAAAGUUUUUUCAAGGUUAUAUCACUAUCGGCUACUGAACAGUAAACUGAUCACCUUCACAGACUUUUCACUAGUUUAUCAAAGGUAUGCAUCUCUUAACCAAGCCAAUGAAAUACAGCUUUGGUUAGCACUAUAAACCUAAUUGGUGGUGUUGGACAGUUACGUCUCAAUAAAAAGCAACAACAGAAUAACUUAAAACAUGAGAUUUUACAAAAAAAUAGUCUGGCAUUUACAUCAUUUUAAAACAAACAUUUAAAAACUAGUUCAGUUUUGCAAAUGUGGAAAAAAAUCAUUAUCAAAUGUUCUCCUACAAAGCACACAGUGAAUUUCUACUGCAGAAUGUCAGUAUCAAGUAAAGGUGUAAGAAAGACCAGAAGAUGUGUUCUGUUUCUUCUUGGACUCACGCUGAUGAGCGACUCAGAGGUGUGCAGCGGUCUUUCUGUGUAGGACUUGGAAGACCAGAAGACUUGUUCUGUUUCUUCUUGGACUCACGCUGAUGAGCGACUCCGGGGUGUGCAGCGGUCUUUCUGUGUAGG